AUGCCUCAGUUGCCUGCUUUUUCACUCAAUUUCCCCCACGCAGCAUUUUACUAUGAGGUCUGUUCCUUAUUUUCUAACUCCCAUUCUCUUUGCUUCAGUUCUUCUACUGCUGAUUUUGAAAUCGAGACCAACUACCAUGAAAAUGUUGAGAGCUUCGAUGCACUUAAUUUGAAGGAAACUUUGUUGAGGGGCAUUUACAGUUAUGGUUAUGAAAACCCUUCUGCCAUUCAGCAACGUGCUAUUAAGCCCUGUAUUCAGGGACGCGACGUUCUUGCUCAAGCUCAGUCUGGAACUGGUAAGACCGCUACGUUUACCAUUGGAAUCCUUCAACGUAUCGAUAAUACUUUGAAUGCCGUUCAGGCCCUCGUUCUCGUUCCCACCAGAGAACUAGCAAAGCAGAUUCAAGUUGUAGGUUUUCAUUUUUUGAUUUUACACAUUUAG